CGUUUUCGGUUGCACGUGUGCGGUGUUUUGUUUUGCUCCAUGAGCUCGAUUUGAUUUAUCCGGUAAAACUCGAAUUAAAAACCAUGGUGGCCAAGGGGAAAAAGGCCAGCGCCGAUGCGGUUUACGCCAAGAAGACGGUCAAGUCGUCGAACAAUCCGUUCGACAGCACGGCGGCUCAGUCGAGCAAUCGCGGCCGAAAUCCGAAUCAGAAUCCCUUCGAUGUGCAUGUAAACAAGGAGAAGUUCCAGAUUCUGGGCAGGAUCUGCAAGCAUGACAGGGGAAUGCCGGGCGUCUCGCGGGCGAAGGCUCUCCAGAAGCGAGCCCAAACGCUGGGGCAACAGUUCGUGGUGAAGCACAAGACGAAUCGAUUCAGGGACAACCGGAUUGGCAAGCAUUUGAGUGGCGAUCAGCUAACCGAGUCCGUGAUGAAUGCCCGCUACUUGGCCGAGAAGAUGUCCCAGGUGCGGUCCAACCAGAAGGCGGAGAAGUUCAACCUCAACGACGACGAGCUGCUGACGCACAGGGGCCAAACGCUGGAGGAGAUCGAGCAGUACAGGGAUGAGCGCUCCGACGACGAGGAGCUGGACGACGAGCGACUAGAUGCCGAGUUCACAUCUGCUGCCCACUUCGGUGGCGAUGGCGACACUGCCCAGGAUCGCCAAACGGCCAUCGAUGAGAUGAUCGUCGAGCAAAAGCGCCGCAAGAACGAGAUCGCCAAGGAGAAGGACGAGGUGUUCGAUCUCACCGAGAAACUGGACGCCAACUACAAGCUGCUGCUGCCGCUGGUGGCCAAGGCCACCAAGGAUGAGCAGGACGCCAAGCCGCCGCCGGAUGCCUACGACAAGCUGCUCAAGGAGAUGAUUUUCGAGCCGCGCGGCAGUGUCACCGAUAAGCUAAUCAAUCCCGAGGAGCUGGCCAAACAGGAGGCCGCCCGUCUGGAGAAGCUGGAGAACGAGCGACUGCGGCGGAUGCGGGCAGAGGGCGAGGAGGAUGAGGAGUCCGCCGCUGCACAGCCCAAACAUCGUUCGGCCGAUGACCUGGACGAUGGUUACUUUAUGGCUGGCGGAGAUGUCGAGGAGGACGAUACGCUGGCCUACGAUUUGGAUGGCAAUCUGGGCACCCAUCUCAAUGGGAAAAAGGAAGCUAAAGCAGAGGAAAACGAAGAGGAUGAAGAGGGUGACGAGGAAGAGGAGGAGGAAGACUCCGAUGAGGAGAGCGAAUCAGAGGUCGAUAAUCUGAGUGAUCUCAAGGAAUCAGAGAGCGAAUCCGAGGCGGAAGAAGCACCUAAGGCUAGCAAAAAGAAGUUGAAAAAAUCCGCUGAUUCAUAUCCUGCCUCCCUGGACACCAGCAUUCCAUUCACCAUCAAAAUGCCAAAGACCUACGAGGACUUUACCGAACUCCUUUCCAAACACGCUGCUGCCCAGAAAGCCACCAUCGUUGAAAGAAUCAUCAAAUGCAAUCAUCCCAAAUUAGAAGGCGUCAACCGCGAGAAUGUCGUCAAGUUGUACUCCUUCCUGCUGCAGUACAUCAAGGAUUUGUUUGAGGAUGCCAGCGAGCAAGACAUUCGUGAUCACUUCCAACUGCUCUCGAAGCUCAUGCCCCAUUUAUACGAGCUAACCCAAUUGAAUCCCGAACGAAUGUCCAAUACAUUGCUAGAGGUGAUUAAAGAAAAGUAUGCAGAGUUCAGGAAAAAUCACAAGAUGUACCCUUCACUGGACACUCUAAUUUACUUCAAACUGGUGGGCAACUUGUACUCAACAUCGGAUUUCCGUCAUCCUGUGGCCACUCCUUGCUUCAUAUUCAUGCAGCACAUCCUGUCCAGAGCGCGUGUGCGAACGCGUCAGGAAAUAUCCAUGGGCCUGUUCCUGGUCACUGUGGUCCUGGAGUUUGUGUCCCAAUCGAAGAGACUGCUGCCUGCUGUUUUCAAUUUCCUGCAGGGCAUUGUGCACAUGUCCAUACCCAAGCGGGAUGUCGAACAGUUGGAAAUCACGCCGCCCUUCGAGCGCGAUGGUCCUUUGAGCAAACUGCUGGCACUUCCUGCUAGCAAGGAAUGCAAGAAACUUGAGCCCCAACAACUGCAGGCUGUCGACUUGGUCACCCAAACGAUAACAUCCGAUUUUAAAGUUCGCGCACUGGAUACAACGCUUCUGCUGAUAAAGGAAGCUUUGCAAUUAGUGGAGGAGCAUGUAGGUGCCAGCUACCUCGCCCAACCCUUCCUAAGAUUGCUCGCCCGCCUGUCACUCGAUUCCUAUCCCGAUCAUGUGCAUCUGCACCACCAGGAAGCCAACCAACUGGCGGAGAAGCUGGCUGCGCAAAAGAUGAAACCCUUGGCUCCGGCAGAAAGGAAACCCAAGGCACUCAGGCUACUGGAGCCCCGAUUCGAGGCAGUCUACGAUGACAAACGGCGACCAAAGAUGACCAAGGACAAGGAGGAGCGGGCGAAGCUGCUGCACAAGAUCAAGCGCGAGAAGAAGGGCGCCAUCCGGGAGAUUCGCAGGGAUACGGCCUUCGUCCAGGAGCUCAAGCUCAAGGAGACUCUGCAAAGUGACAAGGAGCGCCACGAGAAGGUCAAACGCAUCUACCAGGAGGCCUCCAUGCAGCAGGGCGAGCUCAAUGAGCUGGCUCGCGCCAAAAAGAAGAAGAAGUUCUAGACGUCUUCCAGUUAGGUUGAUUUUGAAUUAGUUGUAGCUAGACCUUACACUAAGCUGAGAGUAAAGAGCAUUGUUGCUUAUAUUUUAAUAUCACAAAA